AGAUGCUGAAACUGAGUUGUGCCGAAACCCUAAAAGCCGGGUUAUAGGCAUCCAGCAUUUUUACAGGUCACGACUCACGAUGUCAAAAACCCAGAUUUAUCAGCAACAAAUUCAUCAGUCGCAAAGGAGGACAGUUCCAGUUACAAGACAAAGCUGGGUGUUACAGGCAAGUUUCUUAACCUGCAAUAGAAUUUAGUCUUGUGAAUUCUCUUUGUUAUGGUGAAAGAACAAUUGCUAAAACAGUGAAACCUCAACAAAACCCCGGGCAAGAAAAUGACACCUCCAAUAAUCAGAACUCUAAUCUCACUCUCCCUCUAUAGAUCUUCCCAUUUCCCAAAAACCAUUUCCAGUUACUCUAUCUCUGUUGUUUUCUUCUCAUCUUCCACUACCACCCGGGAAUCAAAACCCUCCUUCGAUUUUACUGAUCACUUUAUUAAAAAACACAACUUUUCCCCUGAGCUUGCCUUGAAAGCUGCAUCUUCCUUAAACUAUCUGAGGAAACCCGAUAAGUGUGAUAAUGUACUUUCAUUUCUUAAAGAAAGCGGUUUCUCAAAAUCCCAUAUUGAUGAAGCGGUCAAAAGAAAGCCUAGCCUUCUAUCUGCUAGUCUUGAGAAAACCAUCAAACCGAAAUUCAAGACUUUCCGGGGCUUAGGAUUUUCGACCACUGAUAUUGCUGAUAUUGUAUCUGCUGAUCCCUGGAUUUUGACUAGAAGCGCAGAUGAUAGACUUGCACCAUCAAUUUCAGGGUUAAAGAGCAUUAUAGGUUCCAAUGCCGGUGUUGUUAAGGUGUUAAAAACUUCUGCUUGGUUUUUGAAAGCUGAUUUGGAAAAGACUAUGAUGCCUAAUAUAGAGUUCAUGCGAAGUUGCGGGAUUAGUUUGUCUCAAAUUGUUAGAUAUGUGUUCAGCUUUCCUAGAUUUUUCUUACAUAAACCUGAGAGCAUUAAGCAUUUUGUUAAAAGGGCGGAUGAAAUGGGAUUCAAUAGGAAAUCAAAUAUGUUUCUUGCUGCUAUUAGGACGUUGAGUUCAAUGACUGAAGAGAAUUGGGAAUUGAAGUUGAAGCUUUUUAGGAGGUUGGGGUUUUCUGAAGAUGACAUCAGGUCUGCUUUUAGGAGGGUGCCCCAGGCGUUUGCUGUAUCUGAGAGAAAAAUUAAGGAGGUGACAGAGCUUUUGCUUAGCAGAAAGAAUAUAGAUAUUUCAUUCAUAAUAAACCACCCAGAGGUUCUCAUUUGUAGUGUUGAGCGUAGGCUGAAGCCUCGGCUACUGGUUUUUGAGAUUCUGGUAAGCAAGGAUUUGCUAAGCAGGAAACCUAGUUUGACUACACUUUUUAAGAUUCCCGAAAAGAAAUUCCGAGACAAAUACGUUCGUCCUUAUUUAAAAGAGCUUGAGAAAGCAUCCAUGGCUUUUGUGGGCUCAUAAUUGUUGAUUUUCAUAUCAUUCAUUGAGGCUUGGGAACAUAUAAUGUUCUUUGGGAUUCAUAACCCAUCUUUUCAGGUCAAACUGUUUGUAUAAGAUUUAAAUCAGCAAAGAUUAUGUGCAAUUUGAAUGGUGUUUAGGUACUUUUUAAGAUAUGUUUUUUGCAGUAGACUAUUAAUCAUACUUUUUUUUUUU